CAUCCGUGCAUUGAUGACCAAGACAAAAUGCCCUUUCACACUUCUUCUUUAGGCUACCUCGAACAGCGAGCCUCGACCAGACAAGACACAUUCAUUCAUUACAUAAACAAAAGAGAAGGGUCUGGAGCACUUGAAAGGCUCCACUUUCCAGCUUCCCCAACCUGAAAAAGCAUGCCCCCAAUUUCCCGUUCUUCUGCCACCACCACCAUAUUAAAUAACUCGUGUACGUGUGGGCUUGUCUAUAGAGAGAGAGAGAGAGAGAGAGAGAAUGGAGUGCUCUUGUGGGAAGAUGAUAGAGCAAGCAAAGGAAGAGUUGCAGGCGCUCGAGACGCAGCACCCAUGCCGUUUUGCGGAUCUCAAGGUGGAGCUCAAGUCCUUCAUCCUCCUCCUCGAGUCCCAGCACUUUCUGCUUCACCACCACCACAUAUCCUCCCCACUUUCUUCCUCUUUCUCAGUCAGCACUCAAGAAUCAACCUGCAGGAAGAGGAAGAAGAGAGGGGUGCAAGAGAUGGUGGGUAUCAGAGCCGGCCCGUCGCCGAAGCAGGGUAGGAUCGAUGCCGUUCUCGACAGAGCCAAAUCUUGCCUCCAGAAAAUCCAAGAUCUCAAGACCAGCUUUUGCUGAUACUACUACCUCCCCAAGAAGAAAUUUAAGAAUGAAUGCACUAAAGCUUUGUUCUUUGUUCUUUUUUUUUUUGGGGUCAAAACAGUUCAUUUAUACGUAAAGAUCAUUCAUCUACUGCCCCACUUUGAUA